UUAUCUUUACCUGUGACCCCAUCUUCUCCUCCGCCUCCCUCUCUCUCAUCUUCAGUCCGCCCAUCUUCUCUCCGCCUCUCUCUUGUACUUUCUCUCUCCUUUCGUCCCAUCUCUAUCCAAUCAAGAUUUGUGGCUUCCAGUUCAUCGAGGGUAGCAGGACAGCGGGUGGCCCACUCCACACAAGCAGAUGGCUCGGUGGCCAGCGCACGGGACGGGUGGCCGCGCGCGCCGAGGCGGCCGACCGUGGCGAGGUCCCACGCUAUGCCAUCGGCCAUCCUUCCUCCCUGCGCCUGACGGGGAGGCGCGUGGACCUCGCUGGUGUGCUCCUCCGUGAGUCGUUGCCUGGAGGCCCCCAAUCCGUUUGAGCUCGACGACCAAGUCCAGAUCAUGAUGGGCCCCGACAAGGUGUGCCGUGCCUGGCGCCUCGCCGCGAGUGACGAGCCCGAGCUCUGGCGCCGCAUUGACAUGCGCGGCCACGCAGACCUCGCCUACCGGGGCCUGGCCGACCUCGACGAGAUGGCCGCGGUCGCCGUGCUUCGCAGCCGGGGGCAGUGCCGCGCGUUCUGGGGAGAGUGUGCCGGCUACAACGAUGGCUUCCUCCACCUCCUCGCACAUCAGGCGCCAUUGCUGAAGAGCCUGAUCCUCAUCACGUGCGAUGGAAUCACGAGUGAAGGGUUCACGGAGGCCAUACAGAUGUUCCCUCUGCUCGAGGAGCUCCAACUUUCAGAUUGCUGGAACCUCCGUGACAGGGGGCUGUUAGGGGUUGUCGCCCGGGCUUGCCCACGGCUGAAGCACCUGAGACAUCACCGUCCUUGUUGGAGUGACACUGACGAGCACAACAGGGAAGCCAUGGGGAUUGCCAUGAUGCACGAGCUGUGCUCCCUGCAGCUCUUCCGUAACCACCUCACCAACACAGGACUAGCGGCUAUCGUCGAUAACUGCACGCACCUGGAGUCCCUUGACCUACGCAGAUGCUACCUUAUCGACCUUGAUGACGACGCCAUACGCGCUAAGUGUGCCAGGAUCAAGACAAAGAAGCUAUACACACCUAACUCGGAUGAUGAAUGCGAGGACUUUGAGCCAGCGAGUCCAAUAUGGCGUCGUCGUCACAGGAAAAACCCUAAACGAUGGAACUACUUGGACCUUGAUGACUAUGCUGAUUAUUAUGAUCCUUGGUACGGGCUCGACAGCCAUGACGAGGCCGGUCUGGAGGUGCAUGGUAGGAUGCUUUGCAAGAGCGUGCGCAGGUAUCUGAACAUGGAAUGGCCUGGAAUAAUGUAGAUCCAGAUGUUCUGUUGGAGCAUGUAGCAUGUUACUGUCCUGUCGUUCUAUGUGGCGCAACUGAUUUUCUUUCGGUUCCAGUCAUCUUUCUAGUGGAAGCCCGCUUCGUUCUGUGUU